AUGAACUCAUUUGCCAAAGAUUCCACGUCUAUUAUAUCACGAACAAUUGGUGGAUGGUCCAAAUCUACUUCACGUGGACUAAAUGAAAUCUCUUGCAGGUCAAUACCAGAGUUUGUAGAAAGUCUCCUGUUAGCUACAACCGACUUUCGACCAUUAGUUGUGAUCGCUGGUGGUUUAGAUGUUAUGCUACUAUUACAUUUUAUUUUGUUACUUGUUCCGUUCACAUCCGUGCUAAACCAUUUUGAACUGGAACCAUUUAACGAUCUCAAGAGUCUUCGAUUGGAAUUUCCGCCUUACUUUCCAAAUAACCAAAUAACUAAAUACACUUUAGGUCAAACAGUAUCAGGAAGUUCAAAAUAUUAA